AUGGGCAGAAAGCGAGGAAAGACGCUCUCGUCUGCCCAGUCGCCACCUAAGAAGGCGGAGCCUGUGGCUAUGCCACCCAUGCAGAUUUCGGCUUUGCCUCUGUCCACUGCUCAGCGCGUGGCUAAUCUGAAGUCUUCUUCACAGUCCUCCUUGAACUCGAACUCGAGUUCGGUCAAGGCUGGCUCUUCUCGCGUCACUGCCCAGACAGUGAGCUCGAUGCAAAAGCUCUCCGAUACGUCCCUGCGCAGGCACCAACUUCCGACCAUCGCCGGCUCCCCGUCCGUCGGUGGCGGCACUCAGCCUGCUGUGCGCGACGCGAAGGAUGGUCCACCCCUCUCGUCGCUCAACACCUCAACCGCGUUGUCCAAGGAAACUCCGACGAAGAUUCCGCGGAUCUCCAGCAGAUCUUCGGCCGCCAACUCGCCGACGCUCAAAGCGAACGGUACGAGCCGCAGGGCGAGCAUGAUCGUAGGAACGUCGAGCGGCCUCGCGUCCUCCCGCGGCGCCUCGCCAACCGGAGGCAGCGAAUCGAUGAACGAGUUUGGUGUCUUGGAGAACGGACAGGUUUCUGCUACCAAGACGGCACGUAACUCUGUCCGUGCUUCUCCCCAAACCACAUCUUCACGUGUGCCCCGUCAGGUGUCUGCCCCGAAUGGCACGACGAUCCCCCGCAAGAACCGGGAGUCGUUGUCGUUCGGGCUGCGCAAGGCGUCGACUAGCUCCGUCGCAUCGACCACCUCGGGCGCCCAUGAGCAACCACAGCAGACGGCUCAUUCUCACCACCGCUUCUCGGCUUUGUCGCCCUCGAAGGGCCUCAAGCUCCUCAGCCCCAAGGUAUCUCUCCCUACCGCCCGUUCAUCGAACUCGUCUUCGACCCCUAGCAUCCAGCAGACCAUCGGCACGCCUACCGGGAGCCGGCAGUCGCUCUCGACGCCCUCGCCUGCACCUAGCUCGGUCGACGAGGAGGAGCUGCUGGGCGAUGAGGAGAUGAUGCAGUACAUCAAGAGGCAGCAGGCGAAGAAGCUGCAGAACGGCUCGUCUCAGGAGGACCUCGAAGCUAUGCUCCGCUUCCCCGAACCUAUCCCCCCAGCUCCGGUUUUGUCCCCACAAGCUGUUCUCAAGAGCGACCAGGCACGCUGGUUGUGUGAAUACGAGUGCAAGGAAAUUCUCGACUAUGAGUCUGUGUACUACAUCGGCGCUCGCAGUGAGAAGAAGAUGGCGACUCCUGACAACUCCACGAACAAUCACGGCUAUGACGACGAACGAGGAGACUAUCUGGUCGUCAAUCACGACCAUCUGGCAUAUCGUUAUGAGAUCAUAGAUACCCUGGGUAAGGGCUCCUUCGGACAGGUGCUCCACUGCCGCGAUCAUGGCACCGGCCAGUCUGUAGCUAUCAAGAUCAUCCGGAACAAGAAGCGCUUCCACCACCAAGCCUUGGUCGAAAUCAAGAUCCUCGAUAAUCUGCGCAAAUGGGACGCGGAAGAGAAACACCAUGUCAUCAAGAUGACGGAACAUUUCUACUUCCGUGGUCACCUGUGCAUCGCGAUGGAGCUCCUCAGCAUCAAUCUCUACGAAUUGAUCAAGGCGAACAACUUCCAUGGGUUUACCACUGCUCUCAUUCGCCGCUUCACCAGCCAGAUGCUUCAGUCCUUGGCACUCAUGCGUCAUCACCGCAUUGUCCACUGUGAUCUCAAACCGGAGAACGUGCUUCUUCGUCACCCUGCCAAGAGCGCUAUCAAAGUCAUCGACUUCGGUAGCAGCUGUUUUGAACAUGAGAAAAUCUAUACAUAUAUCCAGAGUCGUUUCUACCGGUCACCAGAGGUUAUCCUCGGCAUGAACUACCACAUGGCUAUCGACAUGUGGAGUCUGGGUUGCAUUAUGGCUGAGCUGUACACCGGUUUCCCGAUCUUCCCCGGCGAGAACGAGCAAGAGCAGCUUGCAUGUAUCAUGGAGGUUCUCGGCGUUCCAGACAAGGACUUCAUCAACCGCAGCUCACGCAAGAGACUCUUCUUCGAUACGACUGGUGCUCCUCGACCUGUCGUCAACUCGAAGGGCAAGAGGCGACGUCCCGGCACUAAAACACUGGCGCAGGCGCUGAAGAAUCCCGCGGACGAUAUGUUUGUGGAUUUCAUCUCGAAAUGCCUGAUUUGGGAUCCGGAGCGGCGAUUGAAGCCACAGGCAGCAUUGCGGCAUCCGUUCAUCACUGGUGGUCGCCGGUCCAAGGUACCAAACCCGACGCCUAGCAGCACCGCCAAGACCCUUCUGCAAUCCGCGUCGUCGAACCUCGGUAGCCGCAGUACGAAGGUCACGGAGACACCGAAGAAGUCCCUGAUCAGUGCACCGACCCCGCUCACCGCACGCAGCUCUCGUACGUUGGCGGUACCAAGCACCCCGAGCGGUUCGACCAGCAUGCACAGCACUCUGGGCUCCUCUUCGCGGUCCUACAGAUCGUCUCAGGCGCAACCCAUGUCUUCGUAUCAUUCCAGCCGUACUAUGGUGAGUCCGUCACAACCUCCUUUGCCAAGCGAGGUUGUUGACGACGAUCACCUGUAG